AAAGUAAAAAAAAUGGAGUCUUGGGUGCCUCUAUUCGACAUUUUCUUGAACUCCCCAUGUCCUGAAACAGAAGCCUCUCUAUGGCUACAACAAUCUUUCAACCCCUCAUCAACCACCACCAUCUCCACAAACUCCUUCCUUUCCUUGCUCACAAAACCCGCUGACGCCAUUGUUGUCGACUCUUCGUUUCCUUCACCUUCGCAAUCUUCUCACACAAAUAGGGUAACGUGGAUUCGGACACUGCCAAAUGCAGUUCAAGCACGAAUCCUAUCGUUUCUUGCAUUCGAGCACCGGAGGUUUGGCACGCAAGACUUGUCUAAACUUGCCACGGAUAUGUUGAGUGAGAGUGAUGAACUGGAUUUUUGGGUAAAGAGAGCUGCACGCCAGCUGCUUGACGUAGUGUCUGACUCCAAUUAUGAGUGGGUAUCUUGUUUGAAUAUGGAUUCAGAACAAGAAAAAGUGGAUGAUGAUUUUGGGUCGUUGCCAGAUUGGCUUAAGGAUGCGGCAAAUACCAGUGACUUGGUUCUUCCAUGGCUUCCUAUAUCCCCUGAUCGAUUAAAUUUGAGAAUAUCAUUUAGUAGUAGUGGUGGGAAUGAAGAUUCGUUGAUUGAAGUUGAAGAGGAUGUACAAGAGGGCUCAGAUGAAGUUAUGACAGACGUUGAUGUUGUCAAUCCAAAAAAUGAUCCCAUUCACCCCGAAAGUUUGCCUUGUGUCCCCAAGGCCUCAAUUCUCAAUCCAUCAGUGGCAGGCCAUAAAAGACAUGGCUAG